GAAGAGUAAACCCUAUAUUCCAUAAAGUUUUGCUUUGGCAUAUUGUCUGACAUGUGAAGGAAUUAAUAGCAUUUCUCACAAAUACCACUGAGGUGCUUAUAAGCGCAUUUUACACACUGGAAAUUCACUGUACCCGGAAGAUACCCAACCUAGCACGCUUCGGGACUGAGUGUAUUCGCAGUACAGGAUUAACUGAAAAUGAUUUGCAUGCACGCUGUCAUUGUGUUCCUGUGUCUUUGUCCAAUCCACGCUGCYUUUGGGCAGGACUGUCCCAGCAGGCAGGACAUGCAGAGCUCCCUAAAGCAGGUCCAGAAGCUGCUGUCGACCCACGAGGCUGCAUAUCUUCAGAGCCUCCGCACCCUGAGGAAGAAACUCAACUUGCUACAAAACACAGCCACCAAACAGACUGGCAAAGCAAACAAUGAUACCUGUCUAAAGCUGGACACGCCUGCCAACAGCAGGAAGUUGGGAAAGGCGCAGACCCCAGGUCACGAGGUUCACUUCCUGUGUGAUGRGGGUUAUGAGUUGGUGGGAGCAGAGAGCAGGAUGUGUCAGGAGAGCCUCACCUGGAGCGGCCAGCAGCCCACCUGCCGCAACAUAAAUGAGUGUGCCUCGUCUCCCUGUCUGAACGGGGGGACGUGUGUGAACGAGGUGAACCAGUUCUCCUGCACGUGUACCAAAGGCUGGGCCGGAGCCACCUGCCAGAGCCCUGUGCCAACAUUCUUUGUCACCAUGACGAACACCUCGUCUGCCACCUCCUCUGCGGCUGCUGCCAUCUCUCCCCCGGRUGUGACUGUUGGUCRGUUUUUCCGUUCAUCUCACUGUACGCAMGUCCAGGGCACCACCCACUGCACCUGUGACCCCGGAUACACCAUCUCUGGGCGUGACAGCACCACUUGCAAAGACAUUGAUGAGUGUGAGUUGUUCCACAUGGGUCAGGCUGGCCGGCUGUGUUUACAUGCCUGUGUUAACACCCCUGGAGGCUACCGCUGUACCUGUCCCGCUGGAUACAAUGUCACCCGUGAUGGACGCAACUGCAAAGACAUAGAUGAGUGUGCCACCAGACUGAAUAACUGCACCCGGGACCAGAUGUGUAUAAACACCUACGGAGGGUCCCAGUGUGUACGUGUGGACUGCCCCCGCAUACGAAACGCCACCUACAGCAAAACCUCACCCCUGRGUUGUGAGCGUAACCCCUGCUCUGUGGACAACAAGGUGUGCUCUCAGGCCCCUAACUCCAUCUCCCACCACUACCUGUCUGUCGUAUCCAACCUGUCGGCACCACGCACCAUGUUCCGUGUGUCGGCCCUCCGCCUCAUCGGCGACACGCUGCGUUUCUCCCUGCUGGGCCGCGGGCAGGCCCGACGGCAGUUCACGGUGCAGCGGUCGGACCGCCAGACAGGCCAGCUGGUGCUCGGGAGCCCGGUGCAAGGCCCUGCUACACUGGAGGCAGAGGUGGAGAUGACCGAGCUGGAGGAAGGGGUCCAGCUGGGGCAGUACAUCACCAAGAUCACCAUGUUCAUCUCCCAGUACGAGUUCUAGAGAGGGAGAGAGGAAGGGAGGGAUG